GGUUUGUGAUGUAGCUAGCCAUCAAAACGACGCUGAAGAGCCAAUUCAUUCGACCUUACAUACGUCAUUGCCGUCGACCGUUAGUCUAGCGGCAUGUCGUGAGCUGAACACGAGGCAAUCAAGCAUAUCCGGCCUUCACAAUGCGACGAGGACCGGGCAUUGCAGCGCUCGACCGCUCUGCCUAUUCAUCUGCCCAGUACUCCUUGCUCGGAGACAGCUUGACCAAUUUACAGCUGACAGAGUUGCGGUCCCAGCUCGACACUUUUGCCAAUGCCUUGCGAAGCUUCGCAUCCAGUCAUCGAAAUGACAUCAGACGUGAUCCCGCCUUUCGCCAUGCGUUCCAGAAGAUGUGUGUUUCGAUUGGGGUCGACCCGCUCGCCGGAGCUCCGUCCUCUGCAAGCGGUGCCAGCAGCAGGGGCGGUGCGGCAGGCAAGAUGGCCGGCCUCUGGAACAAUCUACUUGGGCUUGGUGACUGGCAGUAUGAGCUCGGUAUCCAAGUUGUUGACGUAUGCAUCAGCACACGUCAUCUGAACGGCGGCCUUAUCGAGAUGCAAGAUAUGAUCAACCGUGUCACCCUGCUGCGAACCGGCAAGAGCGUGACGGUGCGCAGUACAGAUGAAAGCUCCAAAGAGGCCCUCAUUUCCGAAGAAGACGUCAUCCGAUCCGUCAAAACAUUGCAGCCUCUCGGCGCCGGCUAUGAGGUGGUCACCAUAGGAGCCAAGCGCUUUGUUCGGUCGGUGCCAAAGGAGCUCGACACCGAUUCCACAGUCAUCCUCGCCAUUCUCUCCGCCACCAAUUCUCGCGCUUUGCGCGAUGUACAAGGCAUCCCGUACAUCACGUUGGACUCGCUUAUGCCCCCCAACUCGACGCUAGUGGCCCCUGGUCUCGGGGCAGGGGGCAAGUCAGCAUGGACAGAAGAAAGGGCGAUUGCGGCUCUGCAAGACAUGUCCUCCAAGUCUGGCAUGCUUUGGGUGGACGAAGGCACUUAUCCGGUACGAUACUACUCGCUUGGAGUCGCAGAGGGCAUCUGGUCUACAGGAAGCAAGGUCCAGGAUGACUGUUCGCUCUCGUCCUUUCUUGCCGAGUCACAGAUGUGACAGAUUGGCGAACAGUCAUUACGUGUGGGAGCAUUCGAUAAAUGUCAUGUAUCAUACUUGAACUGUACCAUUAAGGUCUGAAUG